ACUGAGCAUCGAUUGAGGAAUCAAAACAAAAAGCUGUUUACGUUUGUGCUGCAGAAAUUAUCAACUCGCUGUAUUUUUUACUGUUUUAAAUAGCAUUUUAGGGAUUAGUACUUAUCUAAAACGUGACCGUGGUCCUUUCGUGACAUUACUGUUGAACCUAGAUUCAUUCUUCUCAUGAAUAUUUUUUUCGCGCUAAAAUUGGUUAAGGCCAUAUAACAUAAAUCUGAAUAUCAUCAAACACAGCCAUUUGUGAAAUAUGGAAGAAUAUUUGGAUGAUCCACUGAUAGAGUUUGUGAAAGUGGAGGGAAAUGAUGAUUCUGACAAUCAAUUCGUCGACGAUACGGAAAUCGAAGAUCCCAAUUUUUUAUCUCGUCCUAAGAAGAUUCGGAAAAUAAUGUGUUAUCAAACUGACAACCGAAAAGUUGUUCACCCUAAACAUAUUGCAAAGAAGCAUGUUGAUAUGCCUGCGAUGCCGGUGCUACAGAAAACCGGAAUCCGAAAAAUUACACACAUAAAACAGAUGGCAAGGAACCACGACGCCACGCCGACGAAGUCAGUGGCACAAAACUACGAGAACCGCAAAAUGGUCAAACAUUUCACUAGUAAACACGACGAUGAAGUAAGAAGGAAGAAAAUGAUAAUUGAAGCUCACCAAACAAACAUGGAAGAAAAAAAAUUCAAGAAAAAUAUGAUUCCGAUGAGUGAAAUGAAGACAAUCGCUUUGAUCAGCAGAAUCGAAAAAGAGCCGUCUAUAUGGGACAGAAAACAUGAGGGUUACAGAAACAAAGCGACCAAAGAUAAAGCCUGGAGCCGUGUGGUUGGAAAAACAGGAAUGCCAUUAGAAAUUGUUAAAGCCAAAUGGUCAUCCGUUCUAGGAUCGUUUCGACAUUACAAAGCACUGCACCUAAAAGAUCGAGGUCAUAGACCAAAUUGGUUCGCCUAUGAUGCAUUGAGUUUUAUGCUCACCUCAACAGACAACGUAUAUCAAGCGGAUGCCAUGGAGGACACCUCUGUUGCUGAGUACAUUGACGACCCACGGGCUUCCGAGGAACAUUACGAAAGUGAACACAUCGAAGAAGAAUACUUAUUCCCGAAUGAGACCCGUUCUCCGAAGAAAAGAACGCCGAUGAAGGAAGACACGGUGGACAGUACUUUUUCUGACGAUUCGAAUAGUGCAGAAAUCUUACGAAUUGUGCGCUCCAUGUCAAAAGUGUUAGACAAAAUGGCCAACGUUGGUAUGCCUGUUGACUAUGGACGCUAUGUGAAUCAGCAUCUAAAGGAAUACGACGAAGAGAUACGAAGAAAAACCGUUAAAGGCAUCAUGGACCUCAUCGCGGCUGCAAAUGCCGAAAUGGCAAACAAAUAUCCCGAGCGAAAAAUAUGCAAAACAUAACAAGAUGUGCGCUAUUUUCAAAUGCAGUUAGUUUUGUAAGCUUACUUUAUGGAUUUUUUUGUAUUUCAUCGCCAAAUUAUUUGCGAUUUAAUUUUAACCGCUUGUACAUUUUGACGCAAUUUAUGUGCUGUAAAAUUGCUCUAAUAAAUUCAACGUAAAUGUUUUA